CCCUCUAUCUCUGCGUGGCUGCAUGUGCAUGUGACCUCAACAAAGGAGGCCGAGGAGAGCAUGAUGUCGAUGUUGGUAACUCCCUGGCUUGAAUCAUUAUUGUCAACAGAGUUCUUCUCCUUUUGCGCCACUUACAAACAUGAUUCAUAUCCCUCGCGUAGCGAAUGCAACAUGUUCUGCCUUGAUUGUCACGAUGAUUCCUUCUGCUUCUACUGCCGAUCAACCCGGCACAAAGAUCACCAAGUCAUUCAAAUUAGACGAUCAUCGUAUCAUGAUGUUGUUCGGGUGGCCGAGAUUGAGAAGGUUUUGGAUAUAAGGGGAGUUCAGACUUAUGUGAUAAACAGUGCCAAAGUUCUCUUCCUCAAUGAGAGACCUCAGCGUAAGAUUAUUAAUAAUAUCGGUAAAGGAAGUACUCCUUAUCUGUGUGAAGUCUGUAGCAGAAGUCUGUUGGACCCGGCCUGCCUCUUUUGUUCUUUGGGAUGCAAGCUUGCAGGAAUGAAAAAGAAUGGAGAUUUGAGGUUUGUGAUCUUAAGCAAGAAACCUGAUCAUGAAAUCACGGGAAGAAGGGAAAGAAUGCCAAUUAAUAGAAGAUUGCCAGGAAAGGAAGAUGAUCAAGAUCAACAAUUGCGUGAAAGCAAUAUCCAACAAAACAAAGUAACGUACCAAAGCAAGCCUUCACAACCUGAUCACAAUAAUUCCAAAUCAAGAAGAAGAAAGGGCAUUCCUCGAAGGGCACCUUUAGGGCCCUAAUCUACCCUACAAAACUUGCAUGCGCAUGAUGAUCAUGAUUCAGCUGAUCAUGAUCAUUGAUCUGAUCACAAGCCCGACCAUGCAUGCAUGUGGGUUUAUUUUACUAAAUCAAAGGGGUAAGCUGUCCAAACGGUGGGUUUGAAAACAAAGGUUAGGUUUAGGUUACUUUCGGGGAUGGGCUAGCUAGCUGGCUUUGCAAAUUAACA